UAACAAAACGCUUACUUUCUUGUUUUUUACGGACAGUCGUGUAAAGUAAGUAUAAAGAGUGUGAGGAUUUAUUGUUGUUAUUGAGGAUGGCGACCGCUCGACAGGACUACGUUGCCCCGUGGUGGACUUACUGGCUUCACAACUUCCCUCACGUUAAUUUUAAUUUCCAAGCAGUUGAUAGUGUAUUUAAACCAGAAGAAGUGAACUACCAGCAGUCUCUGAUCUUUCUGGCCUGCAUGGCAGCCAUGGGUCUCGGUGUGAGCUUGCUGAUUCUGGCCGUCUAUUUGAGCUGCCUGUGCUUCUGGCGCAGGGAGGAGGCCGAGGAGACCAAGAGGCCCGACACCUGCUGCGUCACAUGGACCGCUGUGAUCGCGGGCCUGGUCAUAUGUUCUGCAGUGGGAGUCGGUUUCUAUGGAAACAGCGAAACCAACGAUGGCAUCUAUCAAAUGGCGUAUUCACUCAACAAUGCCAAUCACACCCUGGGUGCCAUUGAAAACCAGGUGAACGCUUCACUGAACAUCAUGCAGGUACGGCUGAAGGAGCACCUGGCACGUCUGGAUGAGAUCUUCUCGCCGAGGGCAGACUACACCCAGACCCUGCGCUUCAUGCAGCAGAUGGCUGACAACAUCGUCCGCCAGCUCACCGCCAUGCCUAACGUCAGCCAUACCAGACAGAGCAUCACAGCAGUCACCAACCGGGCCAGCUACGUCGAGUACUACAGAUGGCUGGCGUAUCUGCUGCUGCUGAUUCUGGACCUGGCUAUUUGCUUGGGUUGCUGUUUGGGACUAGCGAAGCAGUCUCGCUGGCUGCUUACACUCAUUAUGACAGUUGGCGUGCUGACUCUGAUCCUAAGCUGGGCAUCGCUCGGAGCGGGCACUGCCACCGCAGUGGGCUCCAGCGACUUCUGCGUGGCCCCUGACAAAUUCAUCAUGAAUCAAACCAAGGACUACUUAAGUGGAGAAGUAACACACUACUACCUGUACUGUAGCCAGACGCUGUCCAAUCCUUUUCAGCAGUCAGUUUGUCUUCUCCAUGUGUUGCAGUCUCUGACACUUUUCCAGAGGUCUUUGACGACCAUGCAAAUUCAGGUGCAGGGCUUAUUGCAGUAUUCUGUCGGCAUCUUUCCCACCGCUCAGAGGGAUCUGUUGGGUAUUCAAGGCCUCCUGAAUACCACCGAGUUCAGCUUGAAUCAGCUCACCGCCUUGCUGGACUGCCGCAGCCUGAAUAAGGAUUACCUCGACGCCCUGGUGGGAGUGUGUUACGACGGCGUGGAGGGCAUGCUCUACCUUUGCCUCUUCUCCAUGCUUGCAGCGUGUGCUUUCAGUGCCAUGCUGUGCGCUAUCCCGCGGGCGUUUCUCCUCAUAGUGAACAGGGGCAGGAACUACGACGACAUAGACGAGGAGGACCCGUUUAACCCACGAGGACGCCGCAUGGCCCCUUACAACCCGAACCGUACUAACGUGCACAGCUUCUGCAGCUACAGCAGCAGCCUGGGCAGCCAGACCAGCCUGCAUCCACCACCUCCAGCCGCCUCCAAUCCUCCCCCUCCAGAGUACAUGAAUCAAGCAUCGCUGUUUGGAGAGAAUCCCCGCUAUGAAAACGUGCCACUGAUCGGAAGAGGUUCACCUCCACCCUCGUAUUCACCCAGCAUGAGGACCACAUACCUGUCUAUGACUGAUGCCCAGAUCAGACACUUCGGAAGGGACCUCCAGGUAUAGAGUGCGGGUGACCCCUCCGCUGAAGCACCCACGCUUACCGUGGAAGACUUUUACUCCAUACUUGAACCAGGGACGCCCGUGGGGGUGCGUUUCUUUCUUCCUCACUCGACGGGGGAUUCGAAAGACUCUUAAGAGACUCAUAUGAUGCAGCGUGUCUUCCGGGCAAACUCUGUAAAAUAGCUACACACAUCCAAGCUUUUUUUUACUUAGUACAGUUACAUGUAUGUCAAAAUAGAAAAUUUGCAACAAAAAGGCCUUCAUCUCCACGACUGCACUGAAGUGGAGCUGAUUUAUUCCCAUUCAUGCAUAUUUUAUUGCAUUUAAGACACGGCACCACAUAGAAAUGUCUUAUAU